AUGGGAAUACCAUUUCUCACACGUCAUUUAUAUCCAUUUGCGGAGUCUGUUGUGCUAGGGGAGAAUCAGGAGACCCCGCACAGCCAAGUAAAAUCUGCUAGAGCUGUUGUGAUAGACGGUCCAAGUCUUGUUUAUCAUGUCUCUAUGCGCUUAUUGUCACGGUCUGAUCAUAGCCUACAAUACCCAGACUCACAGCCAACAUGCGAUCAAAUAAGUUGCGGGGUCAUGAUUUAUCUCUUACAAUUGACCAUCCUAGGUGUGAAAAUACAUAAUAUAUGCUUCGAUGGGGCAUUGCCUGCUCAAAAACGGCAUACGCGUUUUGUUAGACUAGAGAAGUCUAGGAGAAAACUCGAGCUGCUCCGGUCUAAACCACUGUGCGGCUUUCAGAGGUCUGGUAGCCCAUUGAACAUUCGCACAAUUAACCCUGAGAUCGUAUUCCAGAAGCGGACUUUGCCUGCGAAGUAUUAUAAUAUUCCUGAAAGCCCUUUCAUUGUCCCUGCAGUGUUCGAAGAUCUCAAAUACCGAUGGUGCAGAAAGAAUAUUGCCAGCGUCGUCAAAGAUGUCCCCGGACUCAAUGUUGCUUCCUUGGAUGAUUUGCCAUGGGCAGAUAUUUCCGUGAUGGUCCCGGGAGAAGCGGACAUGUACUGUGCCCACCUUGCUAGGCUUACAGGUUCUGCUAUACUUACCAAUGAUUCGGAUCUCUUACUUCAUGAUCUUGGGACAUUCGGCUCUGUUGUACUUUUGGACUCGGUUGAUCUAUUCUCUCUGCCCCAAGGCCCGCAGAUACGGGCCCUAAGAUUAUGUCCAGCCCUCGUCGCCCACCGGCUAGGCAUGCCCAAUCUGCUUCCUUUGGCAUAUGAGAUAAAGAAUCACCCUGAUACUGGAAUAAACCAGCUAAUACAGCGCUCAAAGUGCAUCGACGAAUCUCCUGAAUACAUGUCCGGAUAUCAUCUGUUCGCAGAGGAAUACAAGAGCAAUCCUAGUUUUGACCAGGAAGUAGCGUGUCAAAGCUAUCCCCAGUGUUUUGAUCCAAGAGUAUCAGAGCUAUUUUCUCUGUACGGAGUAUGGAGUGCUCAAACAUUCCAGGGACAUCCGUACAUGUAUCUGGUUGUUCUGAAUGAGGAUCCUACGAGACAGUGUGCAUGGGUCCAAGGCAAGAUUUACAGAAAUAUGGGGUAUUCGGCUCUCAAUAUAUCAUACCCCAUCAAUGAAAGGUAUACCUUUAUCGAUGAGUAUGUCAGGCGAGGGGGUAGAAUUACAACUGACCGUAUCUCAAUGGGAGAUAAGGGCUGGCUUUUGAUGGAAAUCCAGUCACUGUGUUGUACCUUGAACACCGUACAUCAUCAUCUGGGAAUCGCAAUGGCUUCACCAGUCUACUGGAGAAUGUUCGCGCUCUUUAUAAUAUACGACGGGCAAACCAGGCUCGCAGUUCCCAGUAGGGAGCAUCUAUUGCGAUUUCUAACAUUGGGAUACAUGGGCAAGAAGCUAGAGUGGACUGAUAUCCAUCUCCUAGCACAAAUGCAGUCCGUGCUAUAUUCACUCAGAAUUCUUAAGCAGUUACUGGGAUUUGCGGGUUACACUGACGAACACACCUUACAAACAAGGGCUAUAUUGGAUACAUUACCUCCACUCUAUAUUCUGAUGCGGUCAAUACGCGAGAUGAGCGAGGAAUUCCACACUGAGUGCUCUGUCAGUGAACUUGUGAAUCGACUUCUUCAGCUCAUGGAACAAACCUCCUACAAUGCAGACAUUUCAACUUGCGGGACAGACUCGCAUCAGUAUGCAAAUGAUUCUGCAAUGUCCACGGCAAAAAUUAACGAUUUCAGACCUAGUCUCCCGCGGAAGAACCCGUCAAACAUAUAUGAACUUCUUUCGCAGCAGUGA